GAGGCUCAGAUUGGGCUGGCUCUGCGCACGUUGUUGAACAAUCAUAGCUUGUCGAGUGUCAAGAUCAUCGGUUACGACCACAAUUGGGUGGAUGCUGCCAACUACCCGGUCCAACUGAUGAAACAAGCUGGAAGUGCCUUCGAUGGGGUAUCUUUCCAUUGUUAUCGGGGUUCCGUUAGUGACCAGGCCUUGUUCACAUCCCAGUAUCCGAACAAGCAAGUGUACUUCACGGAGUGUUCGGGAACCCUUGGCAGUGACUGGUGGAACGAUAUCAAGUGGUAUAUGGAUAGUAUCUUCAUUGGCAGCAUCUCAUAUGGUUCCUCCUCUGGAUUGAUGUGGAAUCUCGCACUUGAUGGCAGCGGCCAGCCAUUACUUCCAGGAACAGGCAGCUGUGGUGGUGGAUGCCGUGGUGUAGUCCAAAUUAACAAUAAUGGGACCUGGAGCGUAAAUCAAGAAUUUUACUCCAUGGCUCAAGCCUCCAAAGCCAUUCUUCCUCGCGACGCCGGCGGUCCAUGGGGCCAGCGAAUUGGUGUGAGCGUCGGUGGGUCGCUUGACUGGGCUCUUGUGGUUGGCGCCUACAAGACGGGUAGGGUUUCAUCGAGCGACUGGAACAGGUACAGCAUCGUCGUACUGAACUGGGAUGACAGUGCGUCCACCACUUGGAAUCCUCAGCCUGUGAAGGCCACUAUCGAGUUUAGAGGUAUGCAAGCUACGUACACAUUCCCCGUUGGUGUCACCACCCUUUGGUGGUAUGCUCCCAACUAG